GUAUAGAGAGGAAGACUUGAGGCAAUGGAGGGAGUUGUUGAUUGCUCAGCCAACUACAUACCUUUAACCCCAAUUAGCUUCUUAGAAAGAGCAGCCUCUGUUUAUGCAGACAACACUUCCAUUAUCUAUGCAACUCUCAGAUUUUCUUGGAGACAAACUUAUGAGAGAUGCCUCAAAUUUGCUUCUGCUUUUCUCCAUUUGGGGAUUGCUCCUGGUCAUAUUGUUGCAGCUUUGGCUCCUAAUGUUCCAGCACUAUACGAACUGCAUUUUAGUGUUCCGAUGGCCGGCGCAGUUCUUUCUGCACUAAACACCAGAUUGGACCCACCCACAUUAGCAUUAGUUCUACACCAAUUAAACCCCAAAUUAUUUUUUGUGGAUUACCAAUACAUUAAUGUUGCCAUCCAAGCAAUUGACAUAUUAAUCUCUACCAAAAAUGUCAACCCACCACAGAUUAUAUUAAUUUCUGAUGAUCAUGAUACAGAAACUUCCUCAAUUAAAAAUAAUAACCAUAAAUCACCAUGUAGCUUGGAUUAUAAUGAUGUUCUAGCAAUGGGAAAGUCCGAUGAUUUUGAAGUAAUUCGACCGACGAACGAAUGUGAUCCGAUUUCAGUCAGUUUUACUUCAGGAUCAACCGGUCACCCUAAAGGUGUUGUGUAUAGCCAUAGAGCUGCCUAUUUAAAUUCUUUGGCGGUAAUAUUGAGAUGUGAUGUGAGACAAACGGCGGCGUUUCUGUGGACAUUAGAUAUGUUUCGCUGUAAUGGGUGGUGCUUAACUUGGGCAAUGGCGGCUGUUGGCGGUGUUAACGUUUUCAUCAGAAAUCCCGUCGCAGCUAAUGUAAUUUUUGAUGCAAUUCAGCUUCAUAAUGUAGUUCAAUUAUGCGGUCCGCCUUCGAUCUUGAACGUUCUUGCGAAUUCUUCAUCGGAAGAACGAAGAAUAAUUUAUAAUAAAAAAGUGAAUGUCAUUGUAGCUGGUGGUUUAUUAAAUUCUGAAACCGUUAACAAAGUUGAAGAAUUAGGGUUUCAUGUCACGGACGGGUAUGGAAUGACGGAAAUGCUAGGUCCGGUCACUGUUCGGCCAUGCAAACUCGAAUUGGACGAACAAAACAAGAUUACAGGCUCCUCUACUGGAUUACAUAACGUUUUGAUUGAAGGCAUCGACGUGAAAGAUCCGAAAACAAUGAAAAGCGUGCCGUGUGACGGAAAAACUAUCGGGGAAGUCAUGUUCAGGGGGAACAUUUUAAUGUCAGGAUAUCUAAAUAACACAAAAGCAACUCAAGAAGCUUUUAAUGGGGGAUGGUAUCAUACGAGAGAUCUCGGAGUUCGGCAUCCGAAUGGUAGCAUACAGAUGAAGGAUCGGGCCAAGGACAUAAUUACGACUGAAGGGGAGAUUAUAAGUACAUUAGAAGUUGAAGUUGUGUUGUUAAGUCAUCCUAAGGUUUUGGAAGCUGCAGUUGUCGGAAAAUCUGAUGCUGUUUUGAAAGAAGUGCCGUGUGCUUUUGUUAGGUUAAAACAAGGAUUUGAUGCUAAUGCUGAAGAGAUUAUUGAGUAUUGCGGAGCUCAAUUGCCUAACCAUAUGGUUCCUAAGACUAUAGUUUUUGGAAAUCUGCCUGUCAAUUUUAAUGGGAAGGUGCAAAAGUAUGUUUUGAGGGACAAAGCUAAUGGCACUAGUGAGCUUCCUAAUGGACAUUCAGAUUCAAUAUUGUAAUAAUUGAAUUGGUGUUUUAUCCAUUGUUUAUUUAAUGUUUUAAAUUAAUAUUUA